AUGAUCACAAUUGCUUCAAUCAAAUCAAAACUUGUAAAACCUUUAUCAGAAAACGAAGAAGAAGAAGUGAUUUCUUGCCUUGAACAGAUUCAAAACUUAUGUGAAGAACGAGAAAUUCACCGGGAAUGGAUAGUGCUGGAGAAUUACAUUCCUACCCUUGUGGAGCUUCUUAGUGGUAAAAACCGAGAGAUUAGAACUCGUACCCUUGUCUUGCUUUCCAUUUUGGCAAAGGAUAGUGAUGAUGCAAAGGAUAGGAUUUCAAGGGUGAAUGGUGUGAUUGAAUCUAUAGUUCGUUCACUUGGGCGUAGAAUUGCUGAAGGAAAGUUAGCAGUUGAAUUGCUUUUGGAAUUAUCAAGAAAUGAAGGUUUAAGAAAUAGAAUUGGAAAUGUUCAGGGAUGCAUUCUACUUUUGGUCACCAUGUCCAACAGUGAAGACACUCAAGCUGCCAUUAACGCACACAAGCUUUUGGAUUCUCUUUCUUCCUCUGAUCAAAAUGUCAUCCAAAUGGCAAAAGCUAAUUACUUUACACAUCUCCUUCAUCGACUAUCUUCAGGUUCUGAAGAAGUGAAGAUGAGCAUGGUGACAACAUUAGCAGAAAUGGAAUUCACAGAUCACAGCAAAUCAUCUUUAUUUGAAAAAGGUGCACUGGGCCCACUUCUUGACUUAGUCUCACAUGGAAACCCUAGAAUGAAAGAGACAGCAGCUAAAGCACUUUGUAACCUCUCAACCUUAAAAAGAAACAGCACCCAAAUGAUCACACAAGGUUCUGUAAAACCAUUGGUCAAUCUUCUCUACAAUCACACAUCAUCCCAUUCUUUACAAGAUGAAGUAGCAUCAAUCAUCAUGCAUCUUGCCACAUCAACCAUGUCACAGAAUUCCGAAAAUACCCCUGUUUCUUUAUUCCAGUCUGAUGAAGAUAUCGAUAGCCUUUUUGCUUUUAUUCCAUGUACUCGCCCUUUGGUGCAAGAACGUUUACUUCAUGCUAUUUACGCCAUGUGCCACUCUCCCUUAGCUUCUACUGUCAAAUCAAAGUUGAGACAGAAUUCAGACAACGAACAAGCAUUGGUGGUUUUAUGUGACAAUGAAAACCCGAAAGUAAGAGCAAAUGCUGUGAAGUUGUUUUGUUGUUUAACAGAAGAUGGUGAAGACAAAGAGAUAACAGACAGAAUGGGACAACAAUUAAUUGAGACUUUAAUCAAAAUAAUCAAGUCUUCAAAUGAUAUAGAAGAGAUUGCUUCUGCUCUGGGCAUCAUUUCAAAUCUCACCGAGUCAACUCAACUCACCGAGUCACUAGUCAAAGCCGAAGGACUCCCGGUGAUAUCCUCCCGUCUCCAAACCCAAAACGGGCCCCACAAAAAACAUCUAAUAGAAAACGCGGUUGGUUCCCUUUGUCAUUUCACAAACCCAACAAACAAGGAAUCACAAAGGAAAGUAGCGGAAUCCGGUCUGAUUCCAUUGCUUGUCCAGUUUCUCGAGGCCGGAACCGGAGUCACGAAACGAAAGGCGUCGAUUUCCCUCGCGCACCUUUCGAAAAAUUCAAUGGAGUUGACCCGGCCGAUUCCGAAGGCGGGUCUAUUCCGGUGCUUCUCGCCGCAAUUGGAAUCCAGGUGUCCGGUGCAUCAAGGAAUGUGCGAAGUGGAGGUGAAUUUUUGUUUAGUGGAAGCGAAUGCGGUGGCGCCGCUGGUGACGCUGUUGGGGGAUUCCGAUUCCGAUGUUUGUGAAGCGUCUUUGGAUGCGUUGUUGACUUUAAUUGAAGCUGAAAGGUUAGCGUUUGGGUGUAAAGUACUGGGCGAAGCUAAUGCGAUACCUCAAAUUAUAAAAUUGCUAAAUAGCAACAAUUCGAAUUUGCAAGAAAAGGUAUUGAAUGAGUUAGACAGGGUUUUUAGGUUGGUGGAAUUUAAGCAAAAAUAUGGGAAUUUGGCGCAUAUGCCGUUGGUUGAUUUGACUCAGAGGGGGAAUUCUAGGACCAAAUCUUUGGCUGCGAGGAUACUUGGUCAGUUAAAUGUGCUUCAUGAUCAGUCGUCUUAUUUUUAGGUCACAAAUUCUUUUUUGUCAAUUGAUUUUGUACACAGUUUCUGUAUCGUAUUGUAUAUCAUAUAUAUGUUACGAGAUUUAAGUUCAAAGCUUCUAAGGUC